AUGUGCACUUCAAACCGUGCAACAUCGCAGUGCGUUGCGACGUGCAUCCGGUGGCUUGACUACGCCAACGCAACCCUCAACCCGGAUCGACUACCAGAACACACGGUCCAUCUGGACGAGAUGCUUACCCUCAUGCGAAACACGCCGCCGCCGUCAACGCUGGUAGAUGAGUGGAGCACUCAGGUGUGGUCCAUGGCAGAGGAGCCGUACCCCGUGUACCUUCUUCGCUGUCUUGCUCACCAGAGCGGCCUGACGCAGCUGUCGCCGCACUUUGCCGUGCCAGUCACCGAUAUCAGCAGCAACGAUGAAGUGGCCGUUGCUGUGGCUGCAGGGGCCUCCGCAGGCCAUUCGCCUCGCCUGUUCUGGGAGCGGUGUAUGGUAGUGGGUGUGCGGAUGGAGCCUACGACGAAGAACCUCCUGCAGACCGGCUGGGAAACGCAGCCAUGUCCAAAUUGUGCGGUGCGAGACAGAGCAGCAACAAACGUGCAUGGUGAUCCCAACAGGCAGUCACAACUAUCGGUGCUGCCACUGCUGUACGGUGGAACUCAAUGCGGUGAGUGCGGCCAUACACUUCCCCUAGUGCCGACGUGGACUCGUGUGCUCUACUUGGUGCUGCAGCGCCGUGAUCGCAGCCGCGCAGCAGCCGUGGCGUACGGCGAGGAGGUGCACGACUACCUUUGGCUAGGUGCGUCAAUCGAUACUCUCCUGUACACAUCCACUACGGAACAGCAACAGCCGCUUCUCGUAGUGCACGCUGCUGCAGUACAGGCCGUAGCUGCCCAGCCAGCCAUGCUGCCAUGCACCGAAACUGCGAAAGACGCAUUUCACCUCCUUUGCCAGAAAGAGAGUGUGAGCCGCCUGGCCCUGAAGUGGGGAGACGGCGCUGCCUUCACUGCGGCAGCCGACCUUCAUGAUGUGGCCCGUCGCAUUGCCCCGCAACUGCAGGGCCAGAUGCACGUAAAGGGGCUCCUCUUCUUGGUAGUACUGCACCUUGUGUACUACGCGAACCAUCCAGCGGCGGUUGGAUUGCAUCGGCACCCACUGCACGUGCUACUCGUAGGACCAGCCAAGACGGGCAAAAGUGCGUUGUUGCGAGAGGUGGCGCAACUUAUCGGGUAUGAGGCAGAGGUGCUUGGCUCCACCGUAGUACGAACUGGCGGCAGCACCGCCGCUGCCGGCGACUCGGCGUUCUCCGCAGCCCUCCCUAUGCGACGCAGUGCCGUCCUCGUGGCAGGCCCCGGCAUGACCGCCUCCACACUGGUGCUUGACCAAAUUCCCUCUACCGCAGCCGGGGCCGCUGCUACGGCGCCGCUGCUGGAGGUGAUGGAGCGUGGGCAGGGCUGCAGUGCGGCGGGCAGUGGAGGAGGAAGCAUCGCUGCUGGGGUCCCCGACGUAUACCCGCUCUCAUCCACCAUCAUUGCUGCCGCCGGUGAAGAAAGUGCAGCCGCCGUGCAAUUGGCGCCUUACUUCUCGCUGAUUGCCGCCGUGACGCCAACGAGCUCGCUCGAUGACACUGCGAUCAUCAGUCAAGACGUCGUCGCGGCGUCGCGAGCGAGAUCGUCGCACAGCAGGGAAACGUCGCGCAGCACGUCACGGCCAACGCAGCUGUCAUCAUCAUCGCCGCGCCACUCUCAGCGCGGCCCAUCCGCCCCGCAACGGACUCCUCACAGAACCGAGCCCAGCGUUCUAUCAGAGCGACUGACGAAUGACGACGUGUGGUAUCUUGUCCGCCGCGCCGCUGAGCCUGCUCUGCUAAACAACGUGGUGAGCCACGAAGCGUGCUACAACACGUUCAUUGACAGGCUGGUGGACUGCGCGGGGCUACUGGAGGAAGCACAGCCGUCAGUUUGCCGCGACCUCCCGCCUCCCUCUGCGUGCCGCGGACAGCAUCACAGCGGGCAUCCUUCGGUCACCUGCAACUCCCUGCGUGCGACGCCUCUGACCCUCGAGGAACACCUGCGCGUCUUGCGCGCCCUCUCCCGGGCUCGGGCAAUGCUGGAGCCCGUGGAGCGCCUCCGAGAGGCUGGCUGGACGGCGCAGAUGGGCAACGAAGUGUGGACACUCUAUCAUAGGCACCUCGUCGCGUGUGCUGACCUCAUGCAGCACCGCAGCUGCGGUUCAGGGGUCAUGGCAUCGUGCGUCCCCGCUGCGGCGCCUCACAUGGCUCCGUGGAUGCUCUCCUCUUUUGCGACUAGCGGCGGUAGCAUAGCCGCAGCGGCGGGCUAUCCGUCCCCCAGUCGGCUCAGCCGUGAUGCUGCGGCUCUGAAAGGGGAAGGGGAAGGUGUGAUGUGGGCGAUACCGUCACGCGGGGGUCGGAACCUUUGGCGCUCACAGAAGGCACCCUCGAAAAAGCGAUGCAGACUGAUGUUUGUCGAGGAGCUCCGCCAGCGUCAGCGUCAGCGUCUCUCAGGCCAGGUGGAGAGCACCGUUCCUCCGUCAGAAGUAGAGCACCUCUUCGAGCUCCUCGGCGGUAACAGCGCCUUUGGUGAUCCGCUUGAUGUCGUGAUGAGUCAGAUGCAAGAAGAAGGACUCCUCCUUCGCCGACCUGGGGGGUGGCGUUCGAUGUAA